UCACCAAGAUGAUCACCUGAGUCAGGUAAUCAGGAGGGAACUAAGGUUUAGAUGGCUCCCUGGAUGGCCUCAUUUCAUCUUCCAGGAUCUUCAGGCAGGUCAUCUUGGACCAUCAGAACAUGCUUCCCCUCAGUUUCUGAAACAUUUCUUUCAUAAUAUUCCUUUAACAGAGUGGCAAGUGGGGAAGAGUGAGAGAGAGCCAGAGGAAGACCUUUGAAUGUCUGACAACACCCCUUCAGGAGUUUCACCCAAGGAAACCUUAAAUCUCUGCGGACAAUUUACAAAGCACUCAGACUUCAGACUUGUUGCAUCAAAAUAUGUUUAUUGGAUGAAUUUAAAUGUAAAAAAAGAGGAUUUAAAAUAUUAAAAGAAAAGCCAAAACCAAGUUAAAAUGCAGCUUAGACUCACCAGUUGUGGGGCAGGCUAAUAAAACAACGCGUCUCAAGAAUCAGCCCACAACAACGUGCGAAUUGGAAGCUAACUUCAGCAAUGGUCACCUAAAACCAAGAUUGUAGGAACUGUGUUGUUGACGACAUGAAGAACAUGAUGAUCUUCACUCCGCUGUGUCUGACCCUGUGCUGGAUGCUCUCUGUGGACUCCAUGAGGAUCCCUCUCAUUCCUGUGUUCCCAUUAGACAUGGCUGAGGAUUCGGUUGAUGACAUGUACGAUGGCUGCAACGACAAAGCAUCAAUGGACAAGAUAAAAAGCCAGUACUCUAAAGAGCUGACAAGUGGAGUAUAUGCACAGGCCUGGAAAGUAGCUCAAAUGUGUGCUGAUCAGAAGUUUAACAUAAGCAGUAGGAAGGAAAUGGCUCUGACGAUGGAUCACAUACAAGCAAUCUGUGUGUACACAGAUAUUUAUGUGCAUUCACAGUUUAAUACAGCAGUCAGGGAACAAAGAAAAAAUUAUAUUAAGUCAUUCCAGUACCAUACUUUACAUUUCCUGUUGACAACAGCCAUUACAAUCUUGAAUCCUAAACACCGUUGUCACAUAACCUACAGACGAACUACAGUUGCAUUUACUGGAACACUCAACCAAAAAAUUCGUUUUGGCUCCUUUGCAUCCAGCUCUUACAAAAUGGACCUGAUCCAAUUUGGUAAAGAGACCUGCUUUAAGAUUAACACCUGCUUUGGUGGAUAUUUGAAAAGAUAUUCAGUUUUAAAUGACAGCGAGCAAGAAGUGCUCAUCCCACCGUAUGAGAUGUUUGCUAUUAAAGACAUAGUUAAACCACCACGUGUAAUCAAAGGGCUGGAAGACUGUAACAUUGUCUAUGUGUUGGAGAGUGCAGGACGUAAAAGUAAUCUGAACUGCGAUUUAUUAAGUUUUGGGUAAAAGGUUAAAAACUUUUUCAGCUCUUGUUUCAAAUGUUGAAAUGUUGAAUUAAUUUAAUGUUGUUCAUACAGGAGAGUUGAAGAGUUUAAUGGAAAAUUCAAAUUUAUAUCUUUCGUCUGUGUUCCUGCUCAUAUGCAACACACUCAACUUCUUUGUGCCUUUUUUUUAAAAAUCAGGUGUAUGAAUGACUCGCAACAGCUGUAAUGUUUGUCCUUCUCUUAACGGAGCUGCAGUGCUUUUUUCUGUAAUGGGCCAUUAAUCGCAAGAAAUA